AUGAUGGCCAUAGUGGUGCUGAUAUUAGUGCUCUUGCCUCACACAGUGUGCACCUCUCCGAAUGUUAUAUGCAACAUCAGUGGACUCCUUCCGAUCCUUCACAAGUCUCAUCAACCAGGAAAAAUCAACAUUGCUGCUAUCAUGUCUCAGAGUUUCAUGUUUUUAUCACCAAAGACCUUUAAAGAACUUCCUUCUUCUAAACUCAUUGAUGACAUCAUUGUAUUCACUCAGCUCUACCAGCACAUUCUGGCCUUGGUGUUUGCUGUGAAAGAAGUAAAUGAAAACCCUUAUAUCUUAUCCAACACCACUCUGGGCUUUUCAAUAUAUGAUGGCCACUUCAGUGCAAAAUCAGCCUAUCGUGCCUCAAUGGAUCUUGUCUCGACACAGAAAAGAUUUCUUCCUAACUACAAGUGUGAAACCCACAACAACACAGUAUCAGUUAUUGGAGGACCAGAUUCUAAUUCAUAUGUCCGUAUGGCACCUAUCCUGGCUCUUUACAAGAUUCCACAGAUUACGUAUGGCUCUGUUCCUGUGAUGGAUGACAGCAUCGAAGGAGUUUUCAUCUACCAUAUGUUUCCAAAUGGGGACUACCAACAUACGGGGAUUCUUCGGUUACUUCAACACUUCCACUGGAUAUGGAUUGGAGUGAUUUAUUUUGAGGAUGAGACAGGGGACUGGUUUGUACAAAAUGUGCUUCCAGUCUUUUCGGAGAAUGGCAUUUGCAUUGCCUUCAAACAAAAAUUCCCCAAGCAAGAUUUUUCAGAUAAAAUUGAGCAAAUUGUGGAUGAAGGGAUGAAAACAUUCAAAAUGCUCAUGGACAGCACUGCUAAAGUGUUCAUAAUACACGGUCAGAUCAUUGCUCUACUAAUUGUUGAUAUACUGAUAAACUUUUCAAGAUAUGAACCUGUGCUGAUAGAACCAAAAGGGAAAGUCUUGCUUUUGACUGCCCAGGUGGAUUUCACAAAACAUCCUGUCCUAAGGUCUGGAGACAUCAGUUUCCUCCAUGGCUCUAUAUCCCUUGCAAUUCAUUCAAAAGAACUAUCAAGCUUCCAGAAAUUUCUUCAGACCCAAAACCCAAUUGCAAAACAAGAUCCCUUUUGCAGAAAUUUCUGGGAAAAUGCAUUUUUGUGUUCCUUCCCUAAUUACACCGCACACUGGAAUUUUGAGAAGACAUGCACAGGGGAGGAGAAACUGAAGUCUCUUCCUUCUUCUGUUUUUGAAAUGAGCAUGACUGGUCACAGCUAUAGUGUCUACAAUGCUGUCUUUGCUGUGGCCCAUGCAUUGCAGUUUAUGGAAUCCUCCCAGUUCAGAACAAGAGUAAUGGGGAAAGGACAAAUCCAUGAGAUUGUUAAUUGGCAACCAUGGCAGCUCCACCAUUUCCUGAGAUAUGUGUCAUUUAACAACAGUGCUGGUGACAAGAUAUCCUUUGACCAAAAUGGUACCUUAGUAACUGGGUUUGAUAUUAUCAACUGGAUUACCUUCCCAAACAAGUCUUUCAUGAGAAUUAGAGUUGGAACAAUUAACCCUCAUGCUCCACAUGGCAAUGGGUUCACCAUCUCUGAGAAUGACAUCAUAUGGCCUACCUACUUUAACCAAGUACAUCCUCUUUCCAUUUGUAAUGAUAAUUGCCAUGUUGGCUACCACAAGAGAAAGAAGGAAGGAGAGCCUUUUUGCUGUUACGAUUGUAUUCCCUGUCCUGCAGGCAUGAUUUCAAAUGAGACAGACAUGGAUACAUGUUUUGAAUGCCCAGAAGGACAAUACCCAAGCAAUGAUCAGCACGAAUGCAUUCCAAAAUACAUUAUCUUCUUGUCUUACAACAGACCUUUGGGAGUCAGUUUAACCAUCAUUUCCCUCACCUUUAUUUUUAUCACAGCUUUGGUGCUUGGGAUCUUCUUUAAGUACCGGGAUACUGCAAUAGUCAAAGCUAACAACCGUAGUCUGUCGUAUGUUCUACUCAUUUCUCUCCUCCUCUCAUUCAGUUGUGCUUUCUUGUUCAUUGGUGAGCCUAACCAUCUCAUAUGUUUACUUAGAGAUAUUGCUUUUAAUGUCAUCUUUUCAGUAGCUCUAUCAUGUGUGUUGGCCAAAACAAUCACAGUGAUUCUAGUUUUCAAGGCCACCACAUCAGGGUCCAAAACGAAGAAAUGGAUGGGCAAGCCACUGGUCAAUUCUAUUGUGUUUUCCUGUCCCUUGAUUAAAACCAUUAUUUGUAUAGUGUGCCUGAUCAUUUCUCCCCCAUUCUUAGACUUUGAUAUGCAGUUAAUGGCCAAAGGAAUUCUCCUGGAUUGUGAUCACGAUUCAGCUCUAGUGUUCUAUAGUUCCGUCAGCACUUUUGGUCUGUUGGCUAUUGCAAGUUUCAGUGUGGCUUUCCUUGCCAGGAAGCUUCCUGACAUUUUUAAUGAAGCCAAGUUUAUCACCUUCAGCAUGGUGGCAUUUUGUAGUGUAUGGGUCACCUUUAUUCCAGCCUACCUGAGUACAAAGGGAAUAUAUCUGAUAACUGUGGAGAUCUUCUGCAUCCUAGCAUCAGGUGCAGCAUUGCUCAUUUUUAUAUUUUCUCCUAAAAUUUAUAUCAUAUUGCUAAAGCCUGAGCUAAACAACAAAAAGCACUUAAUAAGGACAAAAACUUGA